CCUUGCAUGGGGAACCUAGCCUUGGGUCGAGGACUACUCACCCAGUCUGUGUGUGGAUCUAACUCCACAGAGUCCUACUGCUCCUACCAGCAGACUUCUAGUUCUCCACACAAGGAGUCUUACUGCCCAGCAGCACCCAAAUGCAGCAAGUGCAAUGCAGCCCUCCCCUACCAGGCCCACCUAGCCACUGCCAUGACCAACCCAUCCUUUGAAUACCCAGAUACCUGGUGGCAGUCUGCAGAGGGGGUGGCGACCGAGACCCUCCAUCUAGACCUGGAGACAGAGUUCUACUUCACCGACCUGAUCCUGGUGUUCCGUUCCCCCCGCCCUGCUGCCAUGCUGCUGGUGCUUUCCCAGGACCACGAACAGACCUGGAAGACACUCAGGUACUUUGCCAGGGACUGUGAGGGCACCUUCGGCCUGGCAGAGGAGGCUCCUGUGGGGGAGAGCGUGGCAGCCUGUACCUCCAAGUACUCAGGAGCGUUCGCCUGUGCCCUAGGAGAGGUGCCCUCUCCCCUGAGUAACUCUGACCAACCCCUCCACUGCCACCUGUCUGACCAACUCCCCUGUCUGUCUCUAGGUGAUCUAACGUGCCAAACUCUGAGCAACCUCUACACUCUGUCCCUGUCUGUAAUCUACCGUGCCUUGUCCCCCGGGCACUCCCUGGACCCCUACGGGCCGAUUGCCAAGACCCAGUUGAUGGUCACCAACCUGCAGGUGCGUCUGCUCCAGAACCAGCCUUGCCCCUGCCAGGCUAAAGACCCAGAUGCCCUGCCCAUGGCCCAUUAUGCCAUCUAUGACUUCAUCGUUAAGGGCAGCUGCCUCUGCAAUGGGCAUGCCGAGGACUGUGUACCAGCCGGCGGGUCCAUGGGAGGUGAACACAAAACAGCCGGCGACCACUGUGAGCACUGUGCUCCCCUCUACAACGACCAGCCUUGGCAAGCUGCCAACGGCAUCAUAGGAGCACCGCAUGAAUGCAAGAGUGAGUCUUACAGGGCCAGGAAGAACGCUGUCAAAUAUCUUGUUCUUUUUCACUUUGACCGGGGUGUGUGGCUGGCAUCAGGAUGCCGUGGUGGGGGUGUGUGUGACUCCUGCCGCCACAAUACAGAGGGCAGACACUGCCAGAGCUGUAAGAGAGGGUUCUACAGGCACCUCAACAGACCCAGCUCUGCCCCCGACUCCUGCACACCGUGCGACUGCCACCCUGUAGGUUCAGUGCCCUCGCUUUCAGGUUGCGAUGAUGCCUUCUGUAACCGUAGCAACGGGGCGUGCACCUGCAGACCGGGUGUGGGCGGUCCUAUCUGUGACAAAUGCAUUGUGGGAUUCUGGGGGUUCCAUGGUUACGGGUGCAGGCUGUGUGACAUGGACAUCUAAUGUAUGUGUAAUGUACAUUCUCUCUUUCUUUCCAGAAAAUGUGAGUGUAAGGAGAUGACUAUUGGCGACCCCAAACUAUUCUGUGCCAAGGAGUAUGAGUAUGUGCUGAUGCUGAGGAUUGUGGCGGCCCAUGAUCAGGGCUCCCAUGCUGAGGUGGAGGUCAAGGUAAAGAAGGUCCUAUACCACAGCAGCCAGGUGAGGAUCCAGAGAGGUCACAUCACCCUCUUCCCAGAGUCCUGGACCACCCGGUAUUUGAUCACCUACCAACCAGUUUAA